AUGUCCGCACCAAACAAGAUUGAUACCAAGUUAAACGGUCCCCGGCUGGUUGUCUCCCGUUUGUAUUCCCGCUCGGCAAGUGUCCAGGGGAUGGAGAGGGCAGGAGGGAUUGACCUGAGGGAUGUUGCUGCUCCAAGAUAUCAGGGGCUCGAUCGGGAAGCCUACUUUGCAUUCAUCGUGAUGCUGAUGGCCGUGUACUGGAGCACCGAGGUCAUCCCUCCGCCUGUCAUUGCCAUCUUUCCUGUUGUCCUCUUCCCAAUGUUCGGAAUCAUGACGUCCAAGGAAGUGUGCAAGCAGUACAUGAAAGACACCAGCAUGCUAUUCCUCGGCGGGUUAAUGGUGGCAGUGGCCGUGGAGACCUGCAACCUCCACAAGCGCAUCGCACUGCGAGCCCUCCUCUUGAUUGGCGUCCAGCCCGCUCUGUUGAUGAUGGGCUUCAUGGGCGUCACGGCGUUCCUCUCCAUGUGGAUCAGUGACACGGCCACCGCCGCCAUGAUGGUGCCCAUCACCCAGGCCGUGCUGGACCUGCUCAGCACCACCACCACACAGCCGGGAGAUCCAGAGCAGGGACACGGACAGACCACCGGAGAGCAGCAACUGGAGGAGAAGGAUGCCACAGAUGAAGAGAAUCAACCAGCUUUGAUCUCUCCGGUGGUUCAGACUCAGGAUGCUGAAGUGGAGAUAAGGGUGUCCGUGGUCCCGCACAGUGAUGAGCAGAGUGAGCAGUCGCGGGUACAGAAGAUGCUCUCCCUGUGUGUCUGCUACUCCGCCAGUAUUGGGGGCACGGCCACUCUCACCGGCCCCAGCCAGGUGCUGAAGGGGCUGUUAAGUCAGAUCUUCCCCGACAAUGGAGAUGUGAUCAACUUUGCCUCCUGGUUUGGCUUUUCCUUCCCGAACAUGCUGAUCAUGCUGACCUGCUGCUGGCUCUGGCUGCACCUGCUGUUCCUGGGAGUGAAUUUUCAAAGGUUGCGGAGUUGUCGUAGGAAGAACUCGCCGAUAGAGCAGGCGGCCUACGGCAUUAUCCAGGGGGAAUACCGCAAACUGGGCCUCAUGUCCUUCGCUGAGAAGCUAGUCCUCGGCCUUGUCAUCCUGCUGAUAACCCUCUGGUUCACCAGGGAGCCGGGCUUUGUGCCCGGCUGGGGCUCCCUCUUAAACAUUGAAGGCAAGAAGUUUGUCACCAACGCCACAGUGGGGAUGUUCAUCACGGUUCUCAUGUUUAUAAUACCGUCUCACAGGCCACGGCUCAAAGGCUGGGCCUGGAACAAGGCAAUUGCGGCUGAGCCAGGUCAGUGUCUGCCAGAGGACGUGAUCGGGAGCACAGUGCCCAGAGGUCCUAGUGUCCAUCAGUUUGUGCUGUGGCCCCAGUGUGUGGAGGUGCAACGCUUAGUUUCUCUGUCCAGUGGCCCCAGGGUCGUCCUUCCUUCCUCCACAGGCAUUGACUCCAGGGAACAGAAGGAUCACCGCUCUGGCCGACUGUUGGAAUGGAAAGAGGUCCAGCGGAAGCUGCCCUGGAAUGUGGUGCUGCUGAUGGGAGGAGGCUUUGCCCUGGUCCAAGGAUGUGAGGUAUCGGGCUUACACGUGUGGAUGGGCAGACAACUGCUGCCAUUGAAGAACCUGCCGCCAUGGAGCAUCGCUGCCCUGCUAUGCCUGCUCAUCUCCAUCUUCACCGAGUGCUCCAGUAACGUGGCCACUGCCACCCUCUUCCUGCCCAUGCUGGCCUCCAUGGUCGUCUUGUUCAAAUUGAACCCUCUCUACGUCAUGAUCCCAUGUACCGUCAGCACCUCCUUCGCCUUCAUGUUGCCAGUGGCCACUCCGCCCAACGCCAUCGUCUUCUCCUACGGCCACGUCCGGGUGUCCGACAUGGUCAAGGCGGGGUUUGUUCUCAAAGUGAUCAGUGUGGUGUCGGUCACCGUGGCCAUCAACACUUGGGGCCGUGCCAUGUUCCAUAUCGACACAUUCCCUGCUUGGGCCAACAUCUCCCGCUCACCGUGACCGGCAGCAGGGAGACGGCUGCCAUGGACGUCACUACCCGCCAGGUGCUGCCGACAGUCUGGUUAAUGGCGGGAGGCCCGGGGACAAGGCUACGUGGAGCGUGUGGAUGGUGGUUGGUGUGGGGUGUCUCGACUCAUUGUCAGUGCUUGAAUUUACAUGAAUAAAACAAAGUUAGUGCACCCGGGCAUGUCUGUCAGCCUGCAAUCCUCUCGCUGCCUUUCACACAGCCAUGAUUCAUUGAAUUACACAGCAUAGAGGCAGGCCCUUC